AUGUCAUUAAGAAAGUUUAUGCAUCCGAGGAAUAAAUAUAAGAAAGUACCAGAUUUUAAAGAACUUGCUUUAUUAUAUUCAGAAUUCCGUGAUAUUGCAAUUGUUAAUUUAACAGGCAAGAUAAAGAUUGAUUUCAAAAAUGAAGAAAGCCUGCGAGUACUUACAGAAGUAUUGUUGAAACAUGAUUUCAAUCUGGAAGUAAAAAUACCUGCAAAUAAAUUAGUACCAACACUGCCAUUACGCUUAAAUUAUAUUUUAUGGAUUGAAGAUUUAAUGAAACAUGCUUUUUUUCAUGAAAUGAAAGAAGUGAUCGGUGUAGAUAUUGUAUGUAAAGUAGAUGGAACCACGAUAUUGAAGGAAAUUAUAAAAGAAAAUAACAUAUAUCAUUUUACAAUGUGUAAUCCUCCUUUUUUUGAAAUAGAAGGAUCAUCAGAGAAAGUAAUAAAGCGACUACCACCAAGAAAUGCUCCAACUGGAAAUAAAGUUGAACUUACAGUUGAAGGUGGUGAAAGAGCAUUUGUAACACAAAUGAUUGAAGAGAGUGUAGAAAUUAAAAACAAAGUAAAAAUUUAUACUACUAUGUUUGGCAGAAGAAGUAAUUUAUUAUUUUUAUUAAAAUUUCUAAAGAAAAAAGAUAUAGAAAAUUCAACAUGGACAGAAUUUUGUCAAGGACACACAAAAAGAUGGGGAUUGGCUUGGUCAUUUCUACCCAAAGAUGUUAUUAAUUUGACAAAUGCGCCUGUUAUUCAAAAAAGUGGAGAUUACAUUGUAAAAUUAUUAAGAGAACAACGUCCAACAGAAAUACAAUUCCCAAUGAGGCAUAAAUUUUCUUCUUUUGACAACUUUGUUAAUUUUCUAGAAGAAAUACUGGAACAAUUACAAAUACAAAUCAAGGAAUUAAAUUUGCCAAUUGAUGACUUUAAUGGUUGGUCGUAUCAACUAGUUGCAAAAAAUGAUACAUGGUCACAUGCACGUAGAAAACGUCGAUUAGCUCAAAGAUUAAUGAAUCAAUCUGUGGAUCAUGACACAAUGAACAACUGUAAUACAGAAUGUACAACUGUAAUAAAUGAUACUACAGAAAAAUUAUUAAAGAAUAACUCAGGAGAUAAAAAUGAACCUUUGUUAAUAUGUAACGUUUUUGCUGAAGUGAUCGAAAAUGAAGAAGCUGAAAAUGACGAUGUAAAAAUAUCUAUGAUCUACGAAAAAGGAACUGGUGGCAAGAAUGCCCUAGAAAUGUUUCGACAGUAUUUAAUAAAUAAAUUAGGUGUCAGAGAAUAUUUUCAAAAACAGCAUGAGAACUCAAACAAAAAGAAAAGAAAACGAUUAAAAACAAACAAAAUUGAAAUAAAUUCGGAACAAGUUGAAAAUUCGCUUAAGAAUAAUAUGGAAACCGUUUAAGAUUCGAAUUUAGGUUCCAUAGAAAAUAAUUUAUUUUAUACGUAAAUUUUAUGAAAUUAUAUAACAGGUAAUAUAUAUAUAUCAAGUAUUCAACUUUAUUUAUAAUGAAUAAUCCUUACUAACUAGCAUUCUUUAUCGUACAGUUUGACUAACAAGUGCAAUGUAAUACCCAUGUUAUAAAGUAUACAAACUUGUUAAACAAAAACUAUUAAAAACUUUUUACUUAUUCAUCUUUCACUAUUAUCGAUGUUACUAUUAUUAUCAUUAUUAUAAACAUAACAAACUUAAAACACGAAAUAAUUUUUUCUAUUUAAAACAAAUGUCAACAGAUUAUUGAUAUCAUUCUUCAGCUUAGUUCUUGUGUGAUGAUAUAAUAAAAUUUCAACAUAACAUGUUUAACAUUCGUUUUAUAACAAAUGUUAUUUGAUAAAGAUAACAAAUCAGUAACAGAUGAUUUUCAAUAUUUAUAAUUCUAGAACUAACUAGUAAUCUAGAACUAACAAUAUUUCUAAUAGUAAUUAGGAAAUUGACACUACUUCUAUAAUAUAUUGAUUAAUGAGUCAUUUUUGAUAACCGUUCUUAAUGAUCAUAAAGUGUAAAAGCACACUUGUUAUAUACCAUGCUUUUCCUGCCACCACUGAUUACUGUUUUCUUUUUCGUGUAACUGGAAAUUCUCUUAAAUAUAAAAUUAUUUUCAGAUUCAAAUCCUCACAUAG